GCUUACGCUGGCGGCGUAGCGCGGUGCAGCUCAGGAGGCCGGCACCGGGGAGGCGGGUCUUGGAGCCGCCCCAGGAUGGCCUCGGGCGCGGGGCGGCGGCGGGGCGCGGCGGUGUAGACAGAGGCUGCUGGCGGCGCGGGGGGUGGCCUGGGCCCCGGCGCGGCUGGAUGGGGGGGCCGUGCUCGCCAUGGAGGGGGUGCUGUACAAGUGGACCAACUACCUGAGCGUAUAAGAAGGGGAGCCCUGGGGCAAGGCUGCCACGGUGAUUUUGUGGGGGAGUGAGAAGAGGGGAGUCGGCAGAGAGGCUGGCAGCCUCGAUGGUUUCUUCUCUGUGGAGGUAUCUUGUCAUAUUAUGACUCUCGGGAAGAUGCCUGGAAAGGCUGUAAGGGAAGCAUUCAAAUGGCUGUGUGUGAAAUUCAAGUUCAUUCUGCAGAUAAUACUCGAAUGGAUCUGAUUAUUCCUGGAGAGCAGUGCUUCUAUCUGAAAGCAAGAAGUGCAGCUGAGAGACAAAAGUGGUUGGUUGCCCUUGGAACUGCCAAGGCUUGUCUGACAGACAGUAGGACACAGAAAGAAAAAGAAUUUACUGAAAACACUGAAGCCUUGAAAACCAAAAUGUCAGAACUUAGACUGUAUUGUGACCUCCUCGUUCAGCAAGUAGAUAAAACUAAGGAAGCUAGCAUUUCUGGUGUAUCGGAAACCGAGAACGGAAUCGAUAUGAGAGCACUGUUGAAAUCAACAUGUAACACCUUCCUGAAGACUCUUGAAGAAUGUAUGCAAAUUGCAAAUGCAGCCUUCACUUCUGAGUUACUACACUGCACUCCACCAGGAUCUCCACAUUUGACAGUUCCCAAAUCAAACAAGGUGAAACAUUCUGUCACCUCUAGCUGCACCACAACAGAAAGACAGAUAGAACUGAACAGCUGUGAAAAUGGCUCCUUAAAGACAGAAGCUAAUCACCAUGAACAUGCCCUGAUUAAAAAUCUGAUGCCCUUACACACAAAAACCGAUGGAGGAAACUGUGAUAUUUCAGAUGAAGACCAUGUAGAAAAGAAUUUGACAGGUGAUGUUAAAGAAGAUGGUGAAGACAAGUUGCUGCCCACAGAGAAUAACAGUGUUAAUGAGUCAUUACAGCAAGAAACUGGUUGGGAAGAGGAGAAAGAAGAGGAUUUUCCUACCUUCUUUAGUGUCAUGAGUAAUAGGUUUAGUGAUAUUGAACUUCAAGAGGAUGAUGGCAUACCCACAGAGGAAUUUCUGCAAUCAUGUUAUGCAAUAGUGCCAGUCUUGGACAAACUUGGACCAACAGUCUUUGCUCCUGUUAAAAUGGAUUUUGUCGGUAAUAUCAAGAAAAUAAAUCAGAAAUAUAUAACCAACAAAGAAGAGUUCAACACUCUGCAGAAGAUAAUAUUCCACGAAGUGAGUGCUGAGGUAGCACAAAUAAGAAACUCUGCUACAGAAGCCCUCUUGUGGCUGAAAAGAGGCUUAAAGUUUUUGAAGGGGUUUUUGACAGAAGUAAAGAAUGGUGAAAAGAAUAUUCAAACAGCUCUGAACAAUGCAUAUGGAAGGACAUUACGGCAGCACCAUGGCUGGGUUGUGCGAGGGGUCUUUGCGUUAGCUUUAAGGGCAGCUCCAACUUACGAAGACUUUGUGGCAGCACUAUCUGUAAAGCAGUGUGAAGACCAGGAGGAAGCUUUUUAUAAUGGAAUGCAAAGAGACCUCAACAUUUACUUACCAGCCAUGGAAAAGCAGCUAAAUAUCUUGGACACUCUCUAUGAAGUACAUGGCUUGGAGUCAGAUGAGGUGGUAUGACAACAGCAAGACAGUGCCUUGAAACUUCAGGGACUGCGUUUGUGAACAAAGUUUUUUCUGAACAGCAUUUCUGUUUGUUACAUCUUCCUUAACGUGGGAGGGGAAGGAAUUGUUGCUUCUUUUUUUAUAUGUACAUAUUUUUUUAAAUGCUUGUUUAUGUUUAAAUGCAGAGGUACCAUUUAUUUUAGAGUCAUGGCUGGCUGCAUGGUGAAUACCUUCAGGUAAAAAAAUCUUUUUGGGGUUGUGGGGCAAUUUUGUUUAAUCAUUUACACAAAUGUAAUAGAGCAGAACUUGACUUUCUCACUCUAGCAUUUUGCACAGGUGCCAGGCACAUGUCCAGAAGGGCAGUUGUGAUGUUAGCUCUGAGAACUGGUGGUAUGUUAAUGUUGCUGUCUUUCCCAUGCCCAUUCUAUGUCUGUCUGUGUUGUGAUGCUAGCGUCAGUAUCAAUGUCUAUUCUCCUUCCACAUCUGUUGCACUGGAGGGCAAAAAUGAAGCCACUGGGUCGAGUGGUAAGUUUACUCCUUAUCUCGAGCUUAAUUUAGAGUGCAUCCUUUUAUUCUUGAAAAUGUGUACAGCCCCCUUCAAAUAUUUUGAAGGCCUCCCAAGAGUUAGCCUUUAACUGUAUUCCUUUUGCCCCUUUCUUGGGCCAACUUAAGAGUAUACACCUUGCAUAGCCCUAGGUACACUCCACCUUCUCCCUCUCUGUUAAUGAAUUUGAGGUCUCUUUCCAGUGCUACUGAACUAUUGUUCAAAGGAAUUUUUCUACCAGAUAUCCCCUCCAAUUUCAUCUGAUGGCAUCAAGCUUGUAUGUUUGGUGUUUAAAAAAUAAUCCUCAAGUUCACUAUGAUGCCAACCUUGUUGCUGAUAUCACAGCACAGGAAGGUAAAGAGCAGGAAGGUUUUAAAGAUGUAUCAUCCUCAUCUCUGCACCAGUACCAUGACUGCUACCUUUUGCACUUGUGUUGUUCCUGUGCCUUUAGUGCUAAUUGCAGGAGUGUUUGGUUCAGAUUUCUAAGCUGUUUGUCAGCAAAGCUCUGCUGAGUCCAGCUGAAGAUUUGUCUUAUUGUAUUUACCAUGGUAAUACGGUAGAACUUUUAAAAACACCUGAAUCUCAAUAAAAGUCAGUGGGACAUAAGCUUCAAAGUUUCAAAGUCAACUAGGUGUGUUUGAAAAAUGUGCCCAUAGUCAUUUUUUUUUUUUUUUUAUUUUUUUUUUUACAAUGACUUGGUCAAAAACAAACCAUGUAACUGCUGUGUGUCUUUGUGUGUGAUUUAAGCACAAGAAGGCAGUCUAAGAAUUGAUUUUUAUAAACAUGUCUUUAGGUUGACAUUACCCUUUCUUUUAAAAUGGUGAUUGCAAAAGGCUGACUUUGAAAUAAGUGAAUCCUAGGAAAAUUAAAGUUCUUCAGAAGGCCAUCACUUGUUUGUAGCUGGUACCCAUGUAUUUCAGAAGCACAUGACUGAAUGAGAAUUAAGAAUAAUGAAGACUUUUGUUACUUCUUUCUUGUGAUGCUAAUAAAUACGUCAUUACCACCACUGCUACUAUUAAAGAAAAGAAUUAAGGGCUGGCCCUGAAGCUAGUUAAAUGACUAAGGCUGAAUCUGUCCCUUACGGAUAGGUCCAGCACUAUGUAAACUCACUUUUGUGCUCAAGAAGAUCGCUAAAUAAUGUUUAGGACUUCUGCAUAGGGGUGAGUUUUGCUUAGUGUAUGAGAAGAGGAAAGGAAGUCUGGGAGCAGAGUGAAUAAUAAUGCAGUGGCAGGUUGCAAACAUGGUCUCUUCCUAGGAGAAAUACUUGUGUUCAGAUCUAGCAAAAAACACGGAUACCAAGAGGACUUUAGUGAAGUGUACAUUGCUUGGUACCUAGUUUCCUGUUGAACAGGUUUAAGCAAUAAUUUCAUGGUUGAGGCAAGGAAUUUUGAAAAUUGCCAACUUUAAGAAAAACAAAGUUCUGUAAAAUACAAACCCUCAAAUGUUGGUACCUGAAGGGAAUGCCAAAAACUCUAGUUCAGCAUCUAUAUAAACAGCUUGAUUUCACUCUUGCACUCUUCCCAGAGCUGCUGGUUAUCUACAAUUCAGUUCUCACUGGUAGCAACAGGAGUCCAGGAACUGUGCUUCCUUGAAAAUUAAUGAAUUUUAUAUACUUCUACCAAAAUAGAAUUGAAAAUUUGACCAAUAUUUUCUUUGUUAUUCCAACACUGAGAAUCAAGCCAUAUGCAUAGGGGUUUUCACAUAUAUUUCUCCUUACCAUGAAUGUAAGAAACGCCACAGUUCAGUAGAAUGGCUAUCCCCUCCUAUAUCCCUUCACACUUAUAGCUAGGAUUCUUCACUUACCCAAAGCAGAGAAAUUAGCUUUCUUGUUCUUUAGCUGGUGCUCUGGGAAGGUAGUGGAGUCAGUCCACAUUUCCACACAAAUAUCAGUCAGGAGAGGGAGGGUAAGAAAGGCAGAGAGCCUGUCAAAAAUAACAAUAAAAAGUUACUUGUGAAGUUAAAAUAAAAAUUGGAGUUUUCUCUUGCUCAAGGUUCCCCUGAUGUACAGAGGGGAUCCCCAGUAUGUCGUCAUUAUUUGUUUCCAAGGUAGAAAACUUAGUCACCUCAUUUGAGUCUGUUUUCAAAACUGUUUUCCAUUAAAUUUACCAUUUGUGAUAGGCAGGCUGACCAGUAGCUAGUUUGGUAUAUUCCCUGCUCAGAGGGGCACUCUCUUUUUCACAAUAUGUCUUCUUGUUUUCACUCCUCUUUGUAAAAUUGGCCUUUUACUUGCAAUUGGAUGUCAGGAUUGCUUGUGACCUUAGAGAACGCCAGACCUCUUGAUUGCUUCCUGUACUCUAAUUCUAUUCUGAAAUGGUCCCAGGAGUCUAUGUUCUCUACUCCCACUGAAACCAAUACAAAUAAAAGGCAUUCAGCACCUUGCAGAAUUGGGACCUAAUAGAUAAAAUUGAGCAAGUGGUCAAUUUGCCAAAUAGCUAAGAUUUCCAUCUGUAAGCAAAUACAUAUGAGAAUCCAUUGCUGUAAAACUGAUUAGCCCAUUUCAUAAAGUAAAGAUUCCUUUGGAUUUUAAUGAUUAUAAAGAGCAAGUGAUUAAACACUGGUAGAUUUAAAUUCAGAGAUGGAAUUGAGUCCUUUUAGAGUGAUGGGCAAUUUGUUUGAUUGUUUGUUUUUAGUCUUAAAAGCAUCUGGGCUUGCCUGGCAACUGAGCACCAAGCUUACUGUUUAUCUGUCAACUACCAAAUUAAAAUGUGCUUGACUCUCAGAUACUGACAUUCUUAAAGUCUCCUGCACAUUUUGCGUGAACUGCAUUGAUUUCUUAACCUGCAUUUAAGCGUUUCUGUAGCCCUUUCUUUUAGAAACACUUUUUCAGCUGAUGUCUGGCAGUUGCAUACUCUCAGGGAAUCUAUGUAGCCAUGGCGCAAAAAAAAAAAAAAUACAGUAGCUUUACAGUAGGAAUGUAAGGCUGCUUUUUUGUGACGUUGUUAUAGUUCAGUUUAGAACUCCAGCAGAAUGUGUGACACUAGAAGACUAUCUGAUGCAUUUCCUUAUUGAAACAAGGUAAAUCCCAAAGCAAUCAGAUAGAAACACUGUAUAGUGCUGAAUAAAGGCUGUCAGUAUAUUUUAAUAAGGACAUAUCUCUGUAAUAUAGUGCCAUCAGGAUCAGCAGAGCUCCCCAAUAAUAUCAGGAGAGUUCUGCUUAGAAAUGGAUAUCAUUUGUUAAAUUUAUUUGGUACUUUUAAAAUGCACCCAUUUUAAGAUAUUGUACUCAGCAAUUGCAUGUUGUAGCACCCUAAUGGUACAAAUUGGUAAAAUGUUUUAGAGGUAUGGAUUAAUAGACUGCUGAAAACUACCUUGGGAUUUUGUCUUGCUGCUGUAGUGUGACUCACUAAAACUAAACAAAAUUCCAUUUUAAGGUAAUGUUUAACAAAUGCUGCUUGGUACUUUAAGGGGCUUAUACUGUCAUUAUAGGAAAAGCAAUCUAAUAAAGCAACAGCGAUGAUAAGUUCACUGUGGCUGUUUGCUCUAUGGCACUGAAUAUAUUUCAUAGUUUAAAAAAAAAACCCUGUCAAGCUUUUCUUUGUAGUUUCUAGGCUUUGUAUGUACAAAAAUGAGCUACACAGUACUCCAGUGAUGGCCCAAAGAACUGGAGCUUAAGUGGUAUUACUGUAGUUCAAAGGUGUGUGGACCACUAGAAUAUCAUAUUGUUUUUCAAAAAUAUAACUGAUCUUUUCCUCCCCCUAGGCCUCUCUUCAGCUUUUGUUUUAAAAAAAAAAAAAUCCUGAAUGGGUUUGAAGCCUAAAUACACCCCUUUUUACUUCCUGUCUUUGCUUUUCACCCAGGGCUUCUGCUUUCAGCUCAAAGCGGAGCUAAAAUGAAGAGUUGAAAACUGCUACCUUGACUGUGCAUAAAGUGAUUUUAAAAAAUGGACUUUAAAAAAGGGCCCAAGCUGUAAAGUGACAGCUGAGCAGAAGUAGUAGAUGAAGCAUGCAGUCCCUUUCUUUUGAAGUGCCUCUCCCUGGCUCCACAACACUGUGCCAAGGAAAUUAAAAUGCUUUGAAGUUUUAAUUUCACUUAUGAAAUCUAAAUUGAGGUACUUCAGCAUUUGGCAGUUUUUACCUUUUAUUGGCAAAAGCACAAUUUCAGAGACGGGCUUAUUUCUUGUCCCUGGCCUGCAGCGUCCUGAUAAGUCAUCAAGGCAGAAGAGGCAGAACAGCUGAAUUCAGAUCCGUCUUCCCUCCAAACAAAUAAAACCAUGUAAGGCUCCAGGCUGCCAAAUGCUCCCAAUAAUGUCACCUCUCUUUGUGUAGAGAUAUGGGCAGAAUUUACUGAUUUCCCAGCAUGAAAGUGAGGCUGUGCCAUGAUAUGGCUGGUCAUGGUUAUGGUCCAUGUGAUGAAUUUAAAUACUGCUGUGACAUCAGAAUGGCGCUACUACCAACCAGUGUGAAAACAUGGACUUGACACUUUUUUUGCUUCUGAUUCAGAAAAGCAUUCAUGCUCAGGUUAGAGCUUAAGCAUGUUUUGUCUUUAAGCACAUAUCUAAGUUCCAGAGAAGAAUAGACUUAAAUGUUAUCCUGAACAAGGAUUAGACAAAAGCACAUAUUAAAAAGCUCUUCUGAACUGGGAUCAUUAACAGACAAGUACCUGUAUGCACUCACAUGUCUGUAUAGGCUUAAGUGGACGAAUUACUCAUUGCAGUCAUGUGCAUGCUUGUUCAAAACAUAGGUUUUGGCCUUAGGGUUUUUCUGUGUUGUGUUAUUUUUAAAUACACUUCCUUUAACAUAAUAAGGCUAAACAAACACCCCAGAUGUGCCAAAGGCAUUAAGAUCUAAACUUUUCCCUUGUUCAAUAUCCUGACCACUAACUUGUUUUACUCUGUCUCAAAGUUCACGAGUCCAUAUUUUGCUCUUUGAUCCCUUUAAAAAAAGGUUUUGAAAAUAUGUGCGAUUCCUAUGGGUUUUUCUGUUUUAUCAUGUAUCCAGACCAUUAUAAUUAACUAAACACAGCAAAGAAAUCAUACUACAGAAUGAAAUAUCAAACAUCGAUAAGGCACAUGGAUUGGUUGUACAUUUCCCUUUCCCAUCCCCUCCAUUUUCCCCAUCUGCAUUGGGCAUUCAUAUUAUAAAUAGCAAGCUCCAUUUAUAGUGAGCCUUACUUAAAUUUAUACUAUUUAAAGUAAAGGGAAAGUGUAUUGCCCUGUAUUUUAAUUGUAUUUUGUUUUGACUAACAGGAGCUAAUAAACCUUCUUCUGUUGUGUUGUAAACAUAGUACUGAUACCAAAUCAAAAGAAAACAGGUCAGAUUCCAACAUUGGUUUGGAGUCUCUAGUCUAUACUGUCUGCACCAACAAAACACUACUCUGCACCUAGCGUUUUUUUCCUUCCCUCAAUAAAUGUUUUAAGAUGUCUGUGUUUUAUAUUAUUUAGUUAUAAUAAACUUAUUUAAAAUAA